CCGUUUGUUCAUUUUCAUCGCAAACAGUACGAUUUCGCGCAAGUUCAAAUCACUCGUGAAUAGAUUGCACAUAGAGUUAAAAUCAUGGCAACGGUGAAAUUCAAGGAUGUCUCGCCGUACGCGAAACAAAAACCCUCACCGGCCGUGCAAGACUAUGUCUAUCAGGAUUACUUGAAAAAUCUCGCGACAAAAAGAGACUCACUCCAGCCAGUAGUGAAACUCGCCCUGUUUGGCGCAGGACGUGCUGGAACGAUUCAUUUGUCAAAUAUUAUGACCAAUCCUAACGUAAAAUUGUUGUAUAUCGUUGACGAUCUCGAAUCGAAAUGGAGCAACCUGAGGGACUACUGGCAUCUAGAUAAUGUUACUUUCUUGAACAGUAAACAAUGGGACAAGGUAUUCAACGAUCCCAACGUAGAUGCUGUUAUCGUCGCAUCGCCCACAUUUACUCACGAAACGAUUGUAAGGAAAGCUCUGGAAGCGAAGAAAUCGGUCUUCUGUGAGAAACCAGUGGCUGAAGAUCGCUCGAAUGUUCUAAAAUGUUACGAGACUGCAAAGAAGGUCGGCAAACCGUUGUUCUGCGCCUUCAACAGGCGUUUCGAUCCUAGCUUUUCAUUGACCAAGGAAAGGGUCAGAAACGGCGAAAUUGGUCACGUUCACGUGAUUAAGACUAUCUCUAGGGACUCUCCUCUUCCUAGCGUAGAAUACUUGAAAACAUCUGGUGGAAUAUUCCAUGAUUGUAUGGUUCAUGACUUCGACAUGAUAAUUGCAAUUCUUGGAGAACUUCCAAUCAAGGUUGCCGCCCAAGCCCACGCACACGUUCCAGAAAUCAAAGCCAUGGGUGACUACGAUACAGUAGUAGUAACUCUUUACUUUCCUUCUGGUACCUUGGGGAUGGUCGAUGUGUCACGAACCAGUUGUUAUGGGUACGAUCAGCGUCUCGAGGUGUACGGUCAGAAGGGCAUGAUAACUGUGGACAACGAACGUCCUAAUCCUAGCCUUACCACCCAGUACGGUCUUCAAGGAGCUACUCAGAACCCUAUCUGGUAUUCGUUUCCUAGCAGAUACAUGCAUGGUUAUCGCAACGAGCUAAAUCACUUUAUCGACGUUGUUAAUGGAAAGGCUCAGAUGAACGUUCUGCCUAAAGAAACCCUGGCGGUUAGCAAGGUUGCUAGCGCGUGCGCCGAGUCUGCUCGCACCGGCAAAAUGGUCGAAAUUAAGUGGUCGGACGAGGAACUCUUAUAAAUAAUGUGAUUCAAUUACCAAUUUCUACACACAGCAAUUCUUCUUGCUUAAUUGUUAUCUCCUUAAAAGUAACGGUGUCAUCCUCGACAUUAUUAUCGUUUGUUCAGCAUUCAAGUAAGAGCGAUAAGGUGCACCUAAGGAUCGAAUUUCAUCUACCAAAUGAAAAUUAAAAUUGUUAUGUUUGUUGCUA